AUGACUCGACCUUUGCUCGCGGUAGUUUCGAGAAAUUCGUUUUGGACCCUGAGUGUAGCCCAUGCAUCUAAGAAAUCACUUCAUCGACAAAGAAGCAGAGAUUCUGUAGUUUAUGAUGUCCAUUCAAGGGAGUCCUUGAAGUCAAAGCAAGUUUACGUUUUUGGUUUCUCAGCAACUGGAGCUCUCGGUAAUGAGAAAUAUCUUGGUCUUAAUGGUAAACCUGGUGUUGGAGGUGUAUCACGGCCUACGCCUUUGAAAUAUUCGUCGUCUUUAGGUGUUCCGUUAAAAGCUGCUUGUGGAUAUGGCUUCACAGCAUAUAUAUGUGGAGGUAGUCAUGGGGAUUUUGGCGUCUACGGCUGUGGGAUCAACAGUGAUGGCCAAUUAGGAUCACAGUCAGUUGGAUUAAAAACCAAACUUCCGACAGGCAACUCAGUAAAUGUUGUUCCUGAACUUGUGAGAAUUGCCAUCUGUCUUGAUAAUACGCAAAAACAAAUAUAUCGUCCUUCUCAUGUGGCAUGUGGUCGAGCACAUACUAUUAUAUCCUAUGAAAAUUUAAAAGAGUCGAAUAGUGAUACACCUCCUCUUGUUUUCAGCCUGGGUAACAAUGUUUUUGGGCAGUGUGGAAGAGAAAUAAUUCCUGGCGAAAAGUACGAUCGUGAUGUAGAAGUUAUAACAAAAAUAGUCUUGCCACCAGAAAUAAAAUCUAUCAAACAAUUAGUUUGUGGUCAAGACCAUACCUUGUUACUCAGCUCAGACGGUGUUGUUUAUUCCUGUGGACUUGGAUCAGAUGGUCAGACUGGUUUAGGUCAUUAUAAUGUGGUUGAUCGAUUUACUGCUGUAAAAGGUUCAUUGGUGAAUGAACGUGUUUGUUUGCUAUCGUCUCGCGGUGAUACUGUUCUUGCUCUCACUGAAUCAAAUAAAUUAUUUGCUUGGGGUAAUAAUGAAUACGGUCAAAUAUGGCCAUUAGAUCAAGAUGUACAAGUUUCAGAACCUGUUCACUUAAAUUUAGAUCAUUGUAUUGUACCAGUAGAAUCUAAUUUAUCUUCAGAUAAUGUUCAUGUAGGUGAAAUACAAUCAAUUGCUUGUGCCGGUUCUAUGUGUUGUAUUGUUAAUAAAAUUGGACAGGUAUUCGUUUGGGGCUUUGGAUGUAUUGGAUUAGGUCCAAAGGUUACUUGUUCACCUCGUCCAACAUUGAUUCCACCUGGUUUAUUUAUACCAGCUAUCGUAAAUAGUGAAUCUUGUAUUAAUUAUGUUGCUGCUGGUCUACAUCAUUUUAUUGUCCAAAGUAAUGAUGGUUUAUUAUGGGCCUGGGGUGCUCCACGUGGUGGUUUAUAUUGUCUAGGCUUAGGCAAACAAAUUACAAGUAAUUCUGUUAAUCAAACCUACCCAGUUCCAUUACUUCUUCCAAUUAAAUCUAAAUAUGUAGUAUGUGGUGUUGAUCAUACUGUUGUGAUUGGCAAAUCAUUUGACAAUUAUAUCUAUGUUUAUAUAAUUUCCAACACUGCAAUUAUCGUCAAAAUUUUAUCAUUCAACUGCAACAUAUUAUUACGUCCUGUAUUUCUUCGACUAUGUCUAUGCAAUUCACUAUCCAAUUUUCCAUUGGAGAAAUAUAAUGCUUAUGAUAUAUUAGGUGUAAAACAAUCUGCAACUAUUAGCGAAAUUAAAUCCGCUUAUUAUGAUUUGUCGAAAUGCUUACAUCCAGACCGAUUACUUCAUACUAAUCCGGAGAAAUUGAGGAAGGAAGAAUUUCAAUUAGUCACGGCUGCCUAUGAAUUACUUCGCGAUCAGGAAACUCGAUCACAGUAUGAUCGAUAUUUAGCAAGUAAUUGCUUGGUCCAAACAGAUAAAAUCGAUAAUUUGGCAAAUUUUGAUGCUAAAUUUCAACAUGCACGUAAUUUAUAUAUGCGAAACCGGAAAUCCAGAACAUAUAAAUCAUAUCGACGUGGACCGGAUGAAGUUGUGGAAGAAUUUAGAAGCAAAAUUAAAACAAACGUCUACCCUAAAAAUAUAUCAGAUUAUUAUACAUGUGAACCUCAACCACGUAUAUGCACUUCAUUUUUGUUAACUAUUACGUUAAGUACGUUUUUAGUGUAUUGUAUAUUGAAACUAAAUUGA